CCUUGAAAUUUUAGGAAAUCCUUGGAAUAUUAGAAAAAUCUCUUCUACAGAGAACUGAAGAGUAAAGAAUGUUUAAACACUUUUCAGCCACUAAAAACUGAGCAUGAUUGCCACCUCUCACUUUUUCAUCCCAAAAAACAUUUGUUUUCUUCUAUCCGCCAUGCUUUCAUCAAUCAUGCUGUGCCAAGUAACACAAGGAAGUGAGCUUAAUGAUUCAACCGGAUGAAAGGCAAAGAUACAAUAUUUCAUCUUUCCACAAGCACUUUUUGGCCUUCUCCCUAUUUAAUCUAUAUAUUACAUAACCAGGGGCUGCUAAACUUCUCAUUCUCUAGCUUAUGGCAUUGAAAAUGAAGUCGAAUAAAGGGAAAUUGUGUUUGAUUACGCUAGCGUUGGUGUCACUGAUGUUCGAAUGUGCAAUUUCUGAUGAUGCCAAGGAUAAGCAAGAAUGUACAAAUGCUCUAGUUGGGCUAGCCACAUGUUUACCUUAUGUUGGUGGAAAUGCAAAAUUCCCAACACCAGAUUGUUGCAGUGGUUUGAAAGAAGUCCUCAAGACCAACAAGAAGUGUCUGUGUCUCGUAAUCAAAGAUCGAAAUGAUCCAGACUUAGGCCUCAGCAUCAAUGUUACACUCGCUCUAGGCCUACCAUCAGUCUGUAAUGCCCCUGCCAAUGUUUCUGAAUGCCCUGCUCUGCUCCACUUGGAUCCUAAUUCACCCGAUGCACAGGUUUUCUAUCAGAACGGUCAUGCAUCUAGCAGUAUUGCUGGUAGUCCUGUAAGCGGUCCUACUGGAACAGUUGGAGCAAGUCCUGCUGGUUCCCCUGCAGCAGCCAGUCCAGGACCAAACGCUAAACAGCACAGUGAUGGAAAUCGUAGUGGAAAGCAAUGGUGUGGAGUGGAAGCUGUUGUUACCACUCUAUUCUUGUGGUCUUUCACUUCAAACUUGAUCAUUUAAGACGAGCAAAAAAUCAGAUGAUAUGAUUCUCCUUGCUGUUCGGAAUACUGUACGUUGAGUUUUUCUCAUUUUGCUCCAAGUUAUGAUCCUGGUGCUCAUUGCUGCUGCUUGUUAUCUUAGCUUUUUGAUGAUUGGUGAGCUUUUCUUUCCCCCACUGACCAUCUACGGUUUUCUGGUUGGGAAUCUUUUGUUGGAGUACAUAGAAGAUGAAGGGAUCCUUCUAGUUCUAGCUGAUUAGGUUCCUAUGAAAAGAAAAAAGGCAGUUUAUGGUAGUGGUACUUAGAGAUAGGUCGGAAUAAUGUAGUUGAAAAGUGUAGACUUGGUUCUGCGAUCAAUAAAAUCUUUAAGCGAUCUCUUUUAUGGAA